AUGUCGCGAACAGACCAGGUCGAGCACACCGACUCGAUAAGCAGUCAGGACCCUAACCGCGAAGAGCCGAAGAAGACGAAGAGCAGGAGGCCGCCGAAUACUGCGUUCAGGCAGCAGCGUUUGAAAGCAUGGCAGCCCAUCUUAACGCCGAAGACUGUCCUUCCUCUCUUCUUCAUCGUCGGAGUAAUCUUUGCGCCCAUCGGUGGGUUACUGUUGUAUGCUAGUGCGCAGGUCCAGGAGAUCUCAAUCGACUACACAAACUGCAACACCACCGCGCCCCGCCAAGACUCGACCAACUUCGACCCCACAGCCGAAAACCAGCUCGAAUCCAUUCCGUCCGGCCGCGUCUCCUCGACGUUCAAAUCGAAUGCCGACCCAGCGGCCAUGUGGGGAUGGGGCCGCGAGAACUACACGUUUGAAUCUGGCGUCUCGCUCGAAACAAACGUGUGCAUCCUGAGCUUCACUAUCCCGGAAGCCAUCAAGCCGCCCAUUCUCUUCUACUACCGCCUCACAAACUUUUACCAGAACCAUCGCCGAUACGUCAAAAGUGUUGAUAUCGACCAACUUAAAGGCGACGUCCGUAGCGCGAGCGAUCUCAGCUCAGGCGACUGCUCCCCACUCGAUAACGACCCGGAAACAGGCUUGCCAUACUACCCUUGCGGCCUCAUUGCAAACUCCAUGUUCAACGACACGUUUUCCAACCUCACACUCGCUAAUCCGGCUGGUGGAUCCGAUGCUAGUGGCCAGAACUACACCAUGACGGUUGAAGGGACGAGUUGGUCGCACGAAGGGGAUUUGUAUGGAAAGACGAAAUAUAAGCCCGAGGAUGUGGUGCCGCCGCCGAAUUGGCAGCAGCAGUAUCCGAAUGGGAGGUAUAAUGGGUCCCUGCCGGAUUUGCACACGUGGGAGCAGUUUCAGGUUUGGAUGCGGACGGCGGGGUUGCCGACGUUUAGUAAGUUGUAUCAGAGGAAUGAUCAUGAUGAGUUGAGUGCGGGGACGUAUCGGUUGAAGAUUUAUGAUCGCUUCCCCGUCGACAAGUACAGCGGUACCAAAUCUAUCCUCAUCUCUACGCGCACCGUCAUGGGCGGCAAGAACCCGUUCCUCGGUAUCGCAUACCUUGUUGUGGGCGGUAUUUGCAUCUUGUUGGGCGCGGUGUUCCUGGCUACGCAUCUCAUUAAGCCGAGGAAACUUGGUGAUCAUACGUAUCUUACCUGGAACAACGAUCAGCCUAGCACUGCUACCACGACGGGUAGGCAGGGUGGUGCUUGA